AUGUUUUUUUGUUUUCUCUCAAUUGUUUUGGCUGCUAUUAUUGACGAAAAUGGGGUUUACGGAUAUACAUAUGAUAACCGUGACUUUUUUAUAUUAGCACUGCCAAAUCUCAUUGGAUGGGGUCUUGGUGCUGAUGAUACUUACCGUGCAGAGAAAUCAACAUCACCAGGCGAUCUUAAUAUCCCAGAGUCUAUCGAACUAAAUGGAAAAACCAUGGAUGUUAUCGAAAUUUGUACUGUUGCAUUCAAAGAAUCUAAAUUAACAAGAGUAAAGUUUCCUUUGACAAUAAAAACAAUUGCAGACAAUGCUUUUGAGAGCUGCGAAAUCGAAGUUAUCGAUCUAUCUGAAACAGCAGUUACUGAAAUUCCAAAAAAUUGCUUUUUAAAUGCAAAUAAAUUAAAAACAUUACUUCUACCUCAUUCAAUGGCAAGUUGUACCGAUACAUCAUUUACUGGAACAAGUAUAGAAGUUCUAGGCUUAGAUAAUGCAUUAAAUUUCAUUAAUCUUACAGAAUUUAGUACUCUUACGCAAGUUAUUUUCUAUGAUUACGUAUCUACAAUACCAGAAUUGUAUUUUUAUAACCUUCCUCAGCUGAAAAAAUUAAUAUUCAAUCAAAAUCCAACAAUUUUCCUAGAUUCAUAUCGAAAGCUUGAAGAAGUCGUAAUGAAACCACUCAGUUUGAAGCCUGUUGCAAAAAUUACGCCUAAUUUUCAACAAUUAAUUAAAAAUGAUAAAUUUAUUCCGAAAACUCGCAAAAUCAAAUCGAGGAAAUACAUCUUUGAAGAUAGUCCCGAUGGAAAACUUAAUCUAACAGAGUUACAAGUAAAAUCAAUCGGAAAUUUUGCAUUUCAAAACGAUACAUCGAUAACUUACAUAGAAGCGAACACUUUAACAUCCAUAGGAGUCGGAUCCUUCACCAAAUGCUCAAAUCUCCAAAAAGUUGAUUUGUCAAAUUCAAAAUUAACGAAAAUUGGGGCUCUUUCGUUUGCAGACUGCACCAAUUUAGAAUAUAUAAUGCUUCCUUCGGAGUUAACUGAUGUUUCCUAUACUUCUUUUUCAAAUUCUUUUCCAACAAUUGUGAAAUUAUCGGGAAACUCAGUUCUUUUCCAAGGAAACACCACUGGAAUGAAAUAUAUAGGACCAUCUAAUACUUUAUUUGGUAAUCUUGUUGCAACAAGUGGAAAAGACGAAGGAAUUAGUUUAGAUGUCGAAAAUAGUCAGCUUCCAAACACUCCAGCAGGGUCUCGUUAUAUUCCUUUACCAACAGUUGCUGUCGCGACGCCGAAAAGAGAGUUGAAUGUUACUUAUCUCGUUGUUUGCAUUGUUUUAGCUGUUUUGUUGAUUUGCGUCAUAAUUUUGAACAUUGUUUUCGCAAGAAUUCACGUGAAACUGAAGAAAAGAAACGCUUUGAUUCUCUGCUCAGAUGAAGAGCAGCUAAAUAAGUGA